AUGGAGAAUCUUAAAAACAUAUGGAAACCUGAACUAUAUCGUAUACAAUUGGAAGCGCCGGUACCUAAACGUGUUACAUGUGAAAAUUUUCUGGAGAGACCUGAAUUUUAUGGAAAAGAAUACCAUGGAAUUAUGGGGCAUAAGGAAGCUUCACUUUUACUUGAAAAUGAGCCAAAUGGGGCUUUCUUAAUAAGAAAAGGAAAUGAACACAAUGAUUUUUAUACGUUAACGUGGAGAUUUAAUGAUAAAAUACAUCAUUACAAGCUUUAUUAUGAUGGCACUCACUAUAUAAAGGAUAAGAGAUAUGAGACAAUCUUUGAUUUGGUGGCCGAUGGCCUGAUAACUUGUCACAUGGAGAUCAAAGCGCAUCACAUCCUAGAGAUGAUAAACUCAAGGACCAGUUAUACAGAUAGUCCAUAUGUGACAUUGAACAGACGUAAAAUGAACACAUUGUCUCAGAUACAUCAGGCAUCAAACAGAUCUAGUCCUGUUAUUAACCUAGAGAACAAAACAAAACCAGACCCAACAUUAAAAAAGACAAACUUUGACCUAACACCCACAAUAGAAGAUAAUCCACUGUUGUGCAAGUACUCAAAAUCCCAUACUUUUAAAGUCCACACAUUUAAGGGUCUUAAUUGGUGUGAGCUGUGUGCUAACUUUCUCUGGGGCUUUACUGCACAGGGUGUCAAAUGUGAAGACUGUGGCUUCAUAGCCCAUUCCAAAUGCUCUGAACGUGUCCCAAACCACUGCUUACCGGAUUUGAAGAAAUUACGCGGCGUUUUCGGAAUCGAUCUCACAACGUUACUAAAUGCGCACUCCAGCACACUGCCCUUUGUUGUGAGGAAGUGCGUAAAUGAAAUAGAGGCCAGGGGCAUGGACUCUGAGGGCAUCUAUCGUGUGUCCGGAUUCGCUGACGAGAUUGAAGCGUUGAAAAUGGCUUUCGAUAAAGACGGCGAAGCUACUGAUCUCAGUGUAUUCAGCAAUAUAAACGUGGUCGCUGGGACGCUGAAGUUGUAUUUGCGGCUUCUGCCCGUGCCGCUAAUCACGUACGAGGUUCAUCCGAAACUCGUAAGUGCAAUACAGCUAAAAACGACGGCCGUGCAAGUGACAAUCCUCCGCGAAUGCUUGGACUCACUGCCCCCGGCCCACUUCAACUGCCUUCAAUACAUGGUGCAGCAUUUACACCGAGUAUCUCUGCUGGCGGAGGUGAACAAGAUGAGUGCACACAAUCUGAGCACGGUGUUCGCCCCCACGCUGGUGGCGACGCCCCCUGCCAUCACCGACCUGGCCUUCGAGAUCCGGGCAUUGCAGGCACUUAUAGAACAUUGCCCGCAGAUAUACUAUGGGAACAAG